UAAUGGUACCGUUCAUAUAUAUAAUGUCUUAAGCGGUAAAUUGGUAACUGAACUUCGCCAUCGACGAUCAACCAAAGCUGUAAGAUGUUGCAUAUUUUCAAGGGAUACAAAGCAAGUACUUGCGGCUGGUGAAGAAGGAUAUAUUUGGAGGUAUGAUUAUAUUAGUGAUGAAAAAUUGGUAGAAUGGGCGAAAUGGAAACAGACAAAACAGGAUGAAUAA